CCCCCUCCCCUAGCUUUGUUUACCUUAUAAGGAGGGUCAGCAUUGCAAAGUCGAAAGUGCCUCUGUUAUCUUCCCCUUGAUUUCUACAAAUAGUUCCGUGAACCAGAACGUUCCGUGUGAAAGAUGGCUGGGAAUUCAAUCUUGCUAGCUGCUGUCUCUCUCCUCUCUGCCUGUCAGCAAAGUUAUUUUGCUUUUCAAGUAGGAAGGGCAAGAUUAAAAUACAAAAUUAUGCCCCCGGCAGUCUCUGGGUCACCAGAAUUUGACAGAAUAUUUCGUGCACAACAAAACAGUGUGGAGUUUUACCCUGCAUUCAUGAUUACAUUGUGGAUGGCUGGGUGGUAUUUCAACCAAGUUUUUGCUACUUGUCUGGGUCUGGUGUACAUCUAUGCCCGUCACCAGUAUUUCUGGGGAUAUUCAGAAGCUGCUAACAAAAGCUGCAGUCUCCGGACCUGGGCCAGGAGGGGCAGACGGAUACCUCACCUUGGGCAGCAGUCCGUCUUGGCUGGCGCAGCUCUUGCUGGGCCAGGUGGUCACAGGGAGUGCCGAGCACAGGGGCUUCAGACUCGUCUUCCCCACCUGCCUCUGGCGUGUCUCCCUCUCUCACAGCAGGGAUCUGCAUGGCAUCUCGUCUCGACUGCUUGUGGAAAUCAGAAGCAAGUUUUUUCUUACUCUUCUUGAUAUGAUGCCAUCCUCAACCAAUAAGAGAUCAUUUUUCUUGGAGGUGAGAGGGAAUUCACCUUCUGGGCUAAAUUAAGAAGAAAUGGCUGAUCACUUUGCAUAUUCUAUUUGUGAAAUGGAACAUGGUUCAGCAGAGACUACUAUCAAUAAAGACCACUAGACUAAUUUCCCUUGAGACUUGUAGGAUUUGAGAGGUUAAAGGCCAUUGUUUCCGCUAAGAAGUUAUUUCGACAGACAGGAAAUUUUUGGAUCCACUCUGUAGAUUUCCACAUGCUCCAGAUUCUCUGAAUCAUAACAUGUCAGUGCAAACUGGCCAGCUUCCUGAGCUAGAAAAAGAAAUCAUCCUGCUACUUGCUACUUGGCAAUGAACUUUACGCAUUUCUUCAGCAAAGUCCACUCCUUCAAACGGGCAGUGACUACUUCUUUCAGUAGAUCGCUAGCGUAGUUCUAAUGAUGCUGCUUAAAAGUUGGCCAGAGCAUCAAUGCCAAGACCUCAACUCUAAUUAGGCAUUUGAGUGAGUCCUUCUUUACAUGUUCUAAGGAAAUUUCCAAACCAGCCAAGAGAAUAGCAAUGUCACCCUCAGAACCCCAGUCAAUGUUGCGAAGGGCUAGGAGGUACACCAAAAUGGAUUUUUCUACGUCUCUGCUAAUGACUAAGUCUACGAGAAAAAGAAAAAUAGUUUUUUCCUGGACUCUUAAAAAAAGAUGCAGCAUGGGAGCCAAUCGAUGUUAUAUGCAAAUCUGCUCCUACCUGGAACUGGGAUGAGAAACCAGAUGACAAUAGUGUAACCUCGUUAAACCUGGCACCUUGGCAGAUAACUGAAACGUGGUUUUGUCUUCCGGAUGGGGGUAUUGAUUUCUGGGUAGCAUAUGUGUUUCCAUAUUUUCUUUCUUUCUUUAAGAAAGAAAAUUAUGGGAAUUUUGAUUAUGGCUUAAGUUUUUGUGGCUUGAGAUCAAUAUCAUGCUGCAUUGAAAAAUGAAAUGGUUACCGUGGGGAAACCUGAAAGAUGUGAGGGAGCUCCUUGGAAAUGUUUCAAUUUUUUGUUUUAAGCUUAAUUCUAUCUAAGAGAUCAAAAAAAAAAAUUUAAAAAGCUGCUGUUUAAACACUGAAUUGUAAUCUUGUUAUGAAGUUUUGUGACCUUAACGACUAAAUUUGAAUCAACUGCAGGGCCAAUCUGAUCAACUGUGGUGAAAUGGGUUAUUGAGUUGUUUAUUAAAAAAUUUAAUGGAAAAAUA